GUGCUCCCCUUGGUCCGUCCUUCCCAAACGGCCCGACCUUUCACCUACUUUCCUUCUCAGUAUAAAAUUGUCCUCCCAUCCUCUAUUUCUUUAGUUUUUCUUCAUUUUACUUUCUUCUUCACUUUUCAGUAGAAACUUUUUCUCCCUCCCUAUUCUCUCUUUCUCACAUCAUAGAUAUUUUCUUCGAAACCUUUAGUAAAAAUGGAGCCGAGUUCAUCUGGUGCUGGUAAACAGAUAUCUAGAGAGGAUUCUGCAAGGAUGAGGAGAGAACGUUUAUCGGUUCCAAUACCAUUAACACACCCUUUUCCGGAUCCAUUUUUGAAGAUCAAUUUAUCAGUUAUUUGACCAGUACGGAUCUCCAAAGCUACAACAUCAUCGAUACUAGUCCGAACCUAUUGAGUUCAGAGGGCAGUCGUUCUAUAGUACUUCCUCUUGAGAGUCUUCCUCGGGAAUGUAUUGAAAGUGGUGAUUAUCGAGAACCCCAAAUAGACUUUGUCUCGACUACCCUUGUGAGUCAUGAAUGGUCCUCAUGGAAACAUUAUAUUCUUUCGAAACCUCGGAAUUUGCAGCACAUACGGGAUCUUGGUAUUGAAGAUGCUCUGAAUUUAUCUACUCAUCAAAGUAUUUUUCUGGAUAAUAAGGCUUUGUCUCUGGCAUGUCUUAGAUGGGUCGCUGGUGUUCACACCCUUGUCUUUGAUUAGGGGAAGGCAUCCCCCACUCUGAAAGAUGUAGUUGCUCUUACGGGGUUACAUGUCCAUAGUUCUCAUUCUUUUGAAGAAGUCGAUCCUGAGAAAUCCAUGACGACUGCGGAUAAUACUAUUUUCAAUACUUUAGUAGAGGUUCGGAAAGCUAUCUUCCGUAAGGUAGAAACUGGGACUACUGGUGCUCCGGUUAAAGAAGAUAAACGUGCCUCUCUUUCUUGUUGGAUGAAUUAUUGGGCUCCUCGUUUGACUGAGACUAUUGAUAAAAAGAAGUUGCCUUCAUUGGUGAAGUCUUGUCUUCCUCCGGAUCAUGGUCAAAAUAAUGAUGCCGAACUUGCUGCUUUCUUGGCCUAUUGGUUAAUCCAUGAUUUGUUUGAAUGUCCUCCGAAGGACAUCAUUCGAGACGUCAUUUUGCAUAUAGCUGUCCUGAUGUCGAGAGGUGUGACAUAUCCUUUGGAUCCCAUGGGGGAUUGUAUCGUCACCUAGAUACUCUGGUCUCGGAUAUAUAAGUGGUGAAUAGUCAUGAGCAUACAGUGGAGAGCUAUGUCCCUACCAGUUUUCUUCAGAUGUGGUUUAGGGAAAGGUUUCUCGCAUGUAGGUUAGGGACACAAGAUUUGGCUUCACAUAUGAGAGGGAUUGCUGCUGUUACUCUUUCCGGUCGCCUUCCUUUGACUCCAUCCCGCUAUCCUCGCACCGCUUUGUAUGAGAAUGUGCAUAUAAAGAAGGCGAGUCAGAAACUUCAUUUGAUUAUGGAUAAGUUAAAGUCCUUCGUUGCGCGCCCAUACGAGGAUGUCUCUGGCGAGCCGUUAUUCCUUAAUCCGACUACAGUGUUUCUUGAUGAUGAAUUGGACUCCAUUAAUCCGCAACUCGGUGAUGAGGAAUGGGAUUUUGUAUCCAUGGUAACUCCGGGCUUCAUUCCUGGUUACUUCAAUGAGAAGUUCUGCGCAGUUGCUUAUAAUUUCAAUAGAGUUGCAAGGCAGUUAGGCUACGACCAAGGAGUGCCUUCUAUAUUAACACCCCUUUUCCUUGAAGAUGAAUCUAUACUGCAUGAUUGAUAUCGGCGAUUUGUCUUCAAGCCUGAGGAGCCAAGGCUUUGUCAGGAUCUUCCAUUUCGAUUACCAGUAUCAUCCUCGAGGAGGCCUCCUAUUUUCACGCAAGAUUGGUGUACUUAUUGGUAUGAUCAGUUGACUCAGAUAGCUGAAUUUGUAUGUUCUCCCGCUCUUCCGAUGCUAGUGCUCAGCCCCCGUAGUCUACAUGGCCGUUGUCGCAUCAAGCUUGCUUCUCAUAUUGCCAAAUCGUAAAAUAUAUGAAGCCAAAGAUAAGUCCGCGAUGGGAAAAGGUGAGAGCCAUGUUUCCAACGAUGACACCACCAAUGUUAGUUUAUUGUGUCUUUUCUUGGGUUGUUCCUCAUUCCUUCGGAGUCCGAAGUAGAAGUAAGUUUGCGACGUCAUCGGGCACUAUUGAAGAGGAGGGUGAGACGCACGGUUCUCAAGUUGCAUCCUCUGGCAUCAAUAUUCAGGAUUCUCCGAUGGCACGCACCGAAAAAUUUGGAGAGCAGACAAGUUCGAGGAAAAGACGGAACACAGGUGCUCAUGGUGGCCCCGGGGCACAACAUUUCGAAGACCAAGCUCCAGUCACCCCAACUCCUAUUGGUAGCUCCGGGUCUUUGAUAGUUUGAUUGGCAGUGCCUCUUCGUUUGAUUUCAAAGGGAAUUUCGUCCCUGUCGCUUCCACAUAUUCUCACUUCAUUUCCGUUUACAAUUUCCCGGUGUCUCCGUUGUUGAAGGAUUUGUUACAAGCUUAUUGGAGAAGUAUGGUCAUAUAGCUUCUACAUCAGUUCUCUCCGACUGCAACAACUUGAUUUCUAGUGUUUCAGAUUUGUUGACUGUGGAAAAGGCAAUGGACGAAGUUAGCGCUGAUUGUCCGUCAGAGGAUUGACGGUCGUCGCAGGUGCAAUCAAAUUAAUAAACAUAUUUCCCACUAAUUAACUAGUAAUAUAGCGGUAAUAAGAGAUC